GCAUUACAAUUGGCAACAAUAAGGUCUCAUGGAAAUUUGAGGAUGAUCUUAUCAGUAUGCCUUGUAAAUAGAACAUUAGAAACCUAAUUUCAACUCUAUUGUCUUAUGGUUGAUAAAAUGCAGGCAAAGAAGCGAUAUAUGACACUUGUUAUAUCAUGUGCAUUUUUAGUAUAUUUCUACUUCAGCAGUCAACAUAUAAAAUCAGACACAGCUCAAAGCAGUUAUUUGGACCAGCUGCCCUCAUAUGCUACAUUAGAUGAACUGUCAGAGAUGCCUCCAAGAGAACAGAGAAGACCACAUUCUGCACCAAGGCCUUGUCGCAUGGAAACCUGUUUUGAUUUUACAAAGUGUGGAACUGAUCCUAAAAUUUAUGUCUACCCUACUGAUGGGCCUGUUAGUGCAUCAUAUCGAAAAGUAUUAUCAGUUAUAAGAGAAUCUCAGUAUGCAACAAGGGAUCCAAAUGAAGCAUGUCUGUUUCUGCCAGCAGUGGAUACACUGGAUGCAGACCCACUGUCUCCAGAACACGCUCCUGAUGUCGCAGCACGCCUGUCAAGGCUACCAUAUUGGAAUAAUGGUCGUAAUCACUUGAUAUUUAACUUAUAUGCUGGUACUUGGCCUGAUUAUUCAGAAAGUGCUUUGGGCUUUGAGCCUGGUGAAGCCAUACUGGCACGCGCUAGUGCAUCUGAGUCGAUUUUUCGUGAAGGAUUUGAUAUUUCUCUUCCAUUAUUCCAUAAGGAACAUCCUGAACACGGGGGAUCACCCGCUGCAGCCACCGCCAAUCCCUUCCCGGCACCGAGACGGCAUUUAUUGGCAUUUAAGGGUAAACGUUAUGUGCAUGGAAUAGGCAGUGAAACAAGAAAUUCCUUGUGGCAUCUACAUGAUGGUAAUAACAUGGUUCUGGUUACAACUUGCCGACAUGGAAAGUCAUGGAAACAUUUAAGGGAUGAACGAUGUGAUGAAGAUAAUCGAGAAUAUGAUAAAUUUGAUUAUGAGCAGCUGUUGGCAAAUUCCACAUUCUGCCUGGUUGCUCGUGGGAGACGCCUGGGCUCGUAUCGCUUCCUGGAGUCUCUGGCGGCGGGCUGCGUGCCGGUGCUGCUGAGCAACGGCUGGCGGUUGCCGUUCGACGAGCGCAUCGACUGGCGCCGCGCCGUCAUCUGGGCCGACGAACGCCUACUUCUGCAGGUACCAGAACUGGUGCGGUCGGUGUCGCCCGAGCGUAUCCUCGCGCUGCGGCAGCAAACCCAAUUAUUAUGGGAGCAAUAUUUUUCCUCUAUUGAAAAAAUUGCCUUCACAACAAUAGAAAUAAUAUUUGAGCGCGUGCUCAUGCACCGCACGUCGCGGCAGCGCGAGGCCCUCGUGUGGAACAGCUGGCCGGGCGCGCUGGGCUCGCCGGCCACGUACGGGGACUCGCGCGCGCAGCUCCCGCGCGCCGCGCCCGCGCCGCCUCCACCCCGCCUCGCGCCCACCCCGCCCCAGCCGCUCCAGGCGCCCGAUGUGCCCCACGCUGCGCCGCCGCCCACGCCGGGCACGUCGUUCACCGCGCUGCUGUACGUGCAGGCCACGUCGCCCGCGCUGCACCGCUUGCUGGCCAGCAUAGCGUCCAGCGAGCACGCGGAGAAGGUGGUAAUCGUGUGGGACAGCGACCGCGCGGCGCCGUCGCUGAAGUCGCUGGCGCGCGCCGCGGGCGACCCGCGCGACCCUCUGCCCGUGCUCGUCAUAGAUGCUACUACUCACUAUCCUGGGGAGGGCGUGUCGGCGCGCUGGCAGCCGCUGUGGGCGGUGCCGACGGCGGCCGUGUUCUCGCUGGACGGCGACGCGCCGCUGCUGGCCGAGGAGCUGGACUUCGCCUUCCGCGUGUGGAAGGACUUCCCGGAGCGCAUCGUCGGCUACCCGGCGCGCUCACACUUCUGGGACGAGGCUAAGAACGCAUGGGGCUACAGCAGCAAGUGGGGCGGCGCGUACUCGCUGGUGCUGCCGGGCGCGGCGCUGGUGCACCGCGCGUGGCUGGCCGCCUACAGCGCCGCGCCGCCCGCGCUGCGCCGCGCCGUGCGCCGCGCGCGCAACUGCGAGGACAUCCUGCUCAACUGCCUCGUGGCGCACUACACGCGCCGCCCGCCGCUCAAGCUGGCGCAGCGCCGCCGCUACAAGCACCACCGGUCGUCUUGGAGCGACCCGGAGCACUUCGUGCAGCGGCAGUCCUGCCUGAACACAUUCGCGGCGGCGUGGGGUUACAUGCCGCUGGUGCGCUCCGUGCUGCGGCUCGACCCCAUACUCUUCAAGGACCCCGUCUCCACGCUCAGGAAGAAGUAUAGGAAAAUGGAGCUGGUCGCUUCCUAAUUAGGUUCCCAG